GUAUUGCGCCGCAAAACAAAUCUUACAAAUACGAACCCGGAUCGAUCCCGUCAUUUGCAGCUACCACAAGCCUAUUUGUUAAAUCGCACGCAUACUAAAAGUUUCUCGCCAGAAGCGACAUUCGCGGAGAGUGAGAGAAGAAAUGCAUCCAUUGUUUGCUAAUUUUUUUUUCUGUCGACAUUUUCUAUUGUGAUUUUUUGCUAAACAGGUAAUUUUGUAAAGUGUAUCCGUUGUCUCAGCACAUAUUCUGUGUAAAUUGCUCAACAUGGCACACAUCACAGGGGUCAAAAUAACCAAUUUUAUUAACAUCGGAAAGACAGCUACUUUCAAAGAAUUUGAUCAACAAAACGUUCUAGCUGGACUGUUCGUAGGAUUUAAAAAAAGUGUCGCCAAGGCGAUCUUCUUUGGACUAGGUGCUUCAAUGGAACAACUUUCACUUACUCAUUAUGAUGAUCUCAAAAUGGCUGCUGGCCUUACUACGGUAGUAGAGCUCACCUUGAAACACAACGAGAAGGAUUACAUCUUUCAACGAAAGCUAUUGAACCAAAACAAACAAGAGUUUGUGUACAAUAGUAUGUCCGUUGACGAAGAUGUGUAUCACGCCGAGUUAAAAAUGAUUGACUUCGAUAUGAGCAAGCAGAUGCUGUUCUGUGACAGUUCAAACGUCCUUUGCAGUAUGCUAGCAACACGACCACUCGAUUUGAUGAGUACCAUCACCGGUUUGAAAAUGCAAACAAAUUCUGCGGUUAAGCACUUCCGUGGAAUCAACGAAUCGAAGAAGACUUUGGAUCGUUUGAAAAAGUAUGACAGUUGGUUGAUCAACGGCAUAAAGAAACUGAAUGACGCAUUACCGGAAUUUCAAGAGUCACACCCUGCUGAAUUUUCCGCCUUCACAAUUUCCAAUUUGAAGCGUGAAGAAAAAGAAAGAGUGGCAAGGAAAGCCGAAUUGGUGGCUUUGCAAGCUGAGUCAGAUGCAUUGAACGGGGUCAUUCAGAGCUUAAGGGCGACAAUUGAACGAGAAAGCGAACUUCGCAAUCAAAAAACCGGAGAAAAUUGGGAUAUGUUUCAGCAAAUUGAGCAACCAGAAGACGUGUCUGAGCUCUUACAAAAUUGUAAAUUGGUACUUGGCACACGUAAGAUGAUUCUUGAACGUUCGUUGGCGCAAGUACAGGAGCGUCUCAAAACGACUGAACGGCUAUUAACAGAGCUCGAGCGACUGAAAAACGAAUCCGAACGGAAUAUAACAUUCAUGAAGGAUGCAUCUGGAACGCAUCGGAAAAGUCGAAUGAUACCCAGGGACAAUUUGCUCAAACUCUAUCCCAUAUUCCACGGUAGCGAGGAAUUGGAUAUGGACAAACUCGAACUAAAAUUGAUAGUGAAAAAGGGAGAGUUGACAAAGAUGAAGAACGAGCACGAAAUUUUUCAUUUUUUUGAACAAGUUUUACCGCAGCGCAAAAUAAAGGAAAUGGCAGAGCCGGAAAACAUUGAAGAAAUACUUGCCGAGUGCAAUGCGGCCGUAAAAGACAUUUUCCAUCCGAAGGCGUACAUGCCAUCGAAUGAAAAACUGAAAUUGACGAAGCUAAGUUCGUUGAUUCCCAGCAGCAAAGGCUUCUUGUUACAUGGAACAUUCCGUGCGAUUGAUGAACAGCACCAGGCGUUCAUCGAAAAUAUUUUAGAGGAUUAUUCGUCUGUGAUCGUAUUGUUUAAAGACACGGCCGCAUCCAUUUAUGAUAUUCUGAAAAAGGAGUAUGCGGAAUGGUACCCGAAUGUGACAUUUUUGGUGCUCAGUGAGUUACCAGAACCGAGAAGCAGAGUAGGGUAUGUGGCACCACAGGACCAUUGGUUGAACUACUGUACAUUUACUCACACACAUAUCGAUGAUAAGAACCGUCGCAAGCUGAUGUUCUACUUGGGUAAACAGCUUGAGAUCUACCGCGUCGAAUCCGUUUACGAAGUCAAGGAAGCAUUCCGACAUGCAACCAAGAAAUAUGUCGCUUCCGUGGAUGGUCGUUUCAUAUACACACGUCACUCCUUUGGAUUUGAUAUAAUAAAAUAUAUCAGACCGGGAAAGACACCGGAAGGUAUGGAAUUCGGUGAGUCAUGCCAACGCCUGGAAGAUUCAAUCCGUAAGCUCAGUGAACUUACGCUCACAUUUAUGGAAACAGAGAAUGUACCACGCCAGCCACCAGUGUCCAACACCGCCGCUCUCGAAGCAGAAGUGGAUAAACUCGAACAAGAGUUUGCCGAAAAACUGCGACGCAAGAACGAUCAACUGGAAGCUCUGCACCGUCACAUAAAUGAACCGUACGAGGCGCCGGACGUACAAAAUUAUGCUGAUGCUCUGGUGGAAGAACAACACAGACUGGACUCUAUUAAUGGACGCAUAACUGAAGCCCAAGGUGAAAUUGCACGGCACAGAACAGAAAUCACGUCUUUGUUAGCGAAAAUAGAUGGACUGAGAAAAGACAUCGAUUUGAAAGGAAAAAUUGCUGUGAAUGAACAGGAUAUUGGUAAACACAACAAAACCAUCAAAGAGAGCGAACAGCAAAUGACAAAGCUGAACAUGAGUGUUGCGCGACUUCAAUUGAAAAUUACAAAUUUGCUACAAGAAGUAGCAUCACUCAAAUACAAGACCAUAAAAACGGUCCUACAAGCUCAUCAGGCAAACAUAGAUUGGACGACUGUCGAUUGCAUCACGGAGCCACGGACACUUUGGCAAGACAUCCAAAAUGGGAUCUACAUAGACCCACUGGUGAUGCAGAUCAACUUCAGUGAUAUGGACGACAUUUUCGAUCGAGACGUUUUUUAUGCGUCUAGCGGAUGGUAUGCGGUACGAGAUAUAUGUCAACAAAGGGCAACGGAAAUGAAUGUGACAUAUAGUGCCGCCAAAGCAAAAUUACAAAAUUGCGAACAACGGUUUAACCGCCUGCGAGCCAUCAUCAUCAAUCAAUGUAAUCAUUUCAGCAUCCUAAUCAACACAAUAUUGAAUGAUAUUGGUAGAGAAAUCCAUCCAAACGACAACAUUGUUUAUGAGAUCAACUUCGAUUUUGACGCGAUGCUCAAUAACAAUUCCGCGACAUUUAAAAUAAAAAUCGACGGUGACGUCAUUGGUUUCAAAGCUUUGAGUAAAGCGGAUCGAUUGCGAACAUCUUGGCUGCUUUUCGCCGCUUUGAACGAGUAUUCGAAGGCGCCAUUCGCAUUCAUUGACUUGGAACAGAUGGACGACGAGGGUGCAAAAUUGAUUUAUCCCAUCAUCCGACGAAUGUCAGAGAAAUGUCAGCUAUUCAUAGAUGUGUCUUCAACGCGUGACAGUACCCUGGCAAAUGUGCAUUACGGGUUGAAUCCGAAUGACGGUUAUAGCGAUGAUGGUCAGCGAUUGACGAAAGUUAUACGACACGACAGCACUAAAUAUGUAUAUGUUGAUGUUGAAGGCAACGUCGACCAACGUGAUGGAACCGUCGACCAACGUGAUGGAACCGUCGACCAACGUGAUGGAACCGUCGACCAACGUGAUGAAACCGUCGACCAACGUGAUGGAACCGUCGACCAACGUGAUGGAAGCGUCGACCAACGUGAUGGAAGCGUCGACCAACGUGAUGGAAGCGUCGACCAACGUGAUGGAUACGUCGACCAACGUGAUGGAACCGUCGACCAACGUGAUGGAACGUCGACGAACUCAGAUUAAUACAUUUAUAAUCGAUAAUUCGAUUAACUUAAAUUUGAACACGUUGUUCCCAACUUGAAUUUUGACGAUUAAUAUUCAUCUUAAUUUCUAAACUUUUUGUACGUAGGAUGCUGUAAGCUUCUACAUCGUAAAUGUUAAUAAAUG